GUUGAAACAAAUGGCGUUUGAAUUGCUAAAUUUGAAUCAAUGUACUGUUUAAUCCACCAAGUCAAUGUCUUUGAGAGCUGAAUUAACUACAACAAUUAAACACAAAUAUUGUAUUUAUCUUAUUUUAAACACCGUUUGAAAAAUGUCUCACUUCGAUGACGCCACGUUACAUACCGGAAGGAGACUUGUAUGCAGUAUGCCCGUCAAUGUUGUCACCGGAAGAGACUUUGUAUUUUGCUCAUAUAACUGGUGAUAGUUUGGCGUUAAUACUCUUUGGCGGAUGGUUUUUUUUAUGAUUUUGUUGUAUCUCGUCGUACUACAUAAGGCCCAUUUGACGGUAACGUUAUCGCAGUACGUUUUAUCAGCGUAGUGGCUUGUAAACAUAUUAGAUGUGCGUUUCCGCCUUAUUUAGUGGAUCAAUGUAUGGUAGUUUUAUAAAAAUCACAUUGUUAGCAAAGCUUGCGCUGCCUGGUAAAAAUACAGCUACCAAAAGAGGCUAGGUUACGGUAGUAGCCGUGAAGGACACGUCUUUAAUGCUGAUUCGGAUAUAUAUUCAAUCAGGAUGAAUAGAAGGCAUGAAGGUUAUGAUGGGGAACAAAGUGGACCUUCUCAGGAUACCUCUGGUCCAGAGAUGCAAAGUCCUCUGGAAGGUGGCUGUGCAUGUCAACCAGAUGUUGACGCCUGUCCUUCCCCUGAGGCCAGUGGCUUGUUGUCAUUGCCAUGGGAGAUGGUAACCCAUAUUGCCUCACACCUUCCUGCUCUCUGUGUCAUCUCUGUGCUGCCAAAUGUCUGUUCAGCUUUGCGGAAUGUCUGCAAGGACAGCACUGCCUGGCAGCUUCGGGCGCACAGACUCGUUGGCUCAAAAGCUAGCUUUCCUGUGGGUCCGAGGGAAGACUUUGACUGGCCCAAUGCUUGCUUGGAGAUGGAGCAACUGAUUACCUGCUGGACCGGCAUGUCACAGCAUGUUGAUGAGGAAGACCAGGAGCAGCGACGAAGGACAGAGGGACGAGGAGAGAUGGAGCCAGAGAGAGAUGCAUAUGGUGCUGGUGAACGAUUGGUUGGUGAGCUUGUCGGAGAACCGGAGCAGAUUUUGGGAGAUAAUCCAGAAGAAGAUGGAUUAUUUGAGGAGCAGAAUGGCGCGCUUGAUCACCAGGAUAAUGGAAGGCAUGUCGAAAUAGAGCAGCAUCAACCACCAAAAUGUCAGAGCCCAACCCGAGCACUUGAGCGCAUCACCCUGAAUUCAGGCCACAUUGCUCAGGUCAACUCAGUCCUCCUGGUGGGUGGCGAUGGAACUCUCUGUGCUACCGGCUCCAGAGAUCGGAACGUUAAUAUUUGGAAACUGCAGGCAGACGCGAGCAGCAUGCUUCUGCACACGCUGCUAGGCUGCCACAACUUCAGCACCCACCAGGGAUGGGUGUGGUGUCUGGCAUCCCAGGGACCCCUGCUGGCCUCGGGAGGCUUAGACAGUACGGUGAGACUGUGGGACCUGCAGGCCUGCGGGGCAGAGAAGGGACUGAUCAACGCUGGAGGCGCUGUGCUCUGCUUGACCUGUCUGCCAGAUGUUCUGCUGGCUGGAACAUUUGACGAAAGGAUCAGCAUGUACGACCCAAGAGCUGCUUUUUCUUGCUUGAAAAGCCUCCGUCUCCAUACCAGCGCAGUCAUGUGUCUGGCAGCUGACGACAAAUACAUGAUCUCUGCGAGUAAAGACUGCACCGUGGCAGUUUACGACCGCCGGGCCAACAAAGUCCUAAAUAAAGUUCGGCUGAGCUCUUACCUGCGUUCCAUGAGCUACGGUGACAAUGAGGUGUGGGGAGGAGACCACAAAGGCUUGCUCCACUCCUUCUCCAUGCAGGAGGGCAUCUUAAAAUCCAUGGCACACUUUGAUGUGGGGCACACAGCUAUGGUGACCGGCAUUCAUAAAUCACCUGGAAGUCUCUACACAUGUUCCUCUGAUUGUACCGUCAAGGUGCACAUCCCUUGUGGGCCUCCAAAGACAUUAUGCACACUGCGUCACCAAGCUGGAGCCUCAGGGCUGAGUGUGGAGGCCGGAAUCCUUGCUGUUGCCUCCGGGGAUAUGGGUGUGGAAAUUUGGAGGCCCAGGGAGACAUGAAAUCGGAAGUGGGCGAACCUCAAUGCCUUCCACUACCACAACUGAUUGUUCAUUUAUGAAAGCAACUUAUGUUCAACAUUUUAUUUAAAAUAAACCCAUAAGAGGUCAGUCUGGAAUUGAAGAGAUUACAGUAUAGUGGCAUUUACGAUAGAUAUGUGAGCAAUGACUCACAGGACACAAUAUGAAGUACACCCACUCAAGAUCUCAAUCAACCGUUCUGCCUUUAUAAUGCUACUUUGAUAAUGAUAGAAUAGAAUUGUGAUGCACUUGUGUUCAGUAUCAUGCACAAUCUAAUAAAAGCCAUGAGAAGAAUUGACUAUUCUGCACUUUGAAAGAUGUUCAUUUUGUUGUGGCAUUUGUUAGCAACACCGCUGCGACUUAAGGUAACCAAAAUAUUACAAACACCUCAUCUUAUGUGCACGCUAUUGAAUUAAUUCACAGCUCUUCUGCUGUUCUUUUAUAGCACUGUGCAGGUAAAUUAAAACAGUCAUGCUUUUUUACAUGUUCACAUUGACUGAAAGCAUGACAGUUAUGGCAAUUUUUCCAUCAAUAAACAUUCUCCAGAGAAACAUAGUUGUC